ACCGAUUCUCAGGCUUACAAAGUCGAAACAUUAUUUGCACCUUCUCAUACCUGUGUUCUCUCAUCGCUUAGGCGGAGAAAGUUGACGAGUGAGACGCUUGAAAGAUGUCCUUCAUUCGUGCUACCUCUCGGGUUGCACGCCCAGUGACCGCUGCCACCCGGCUCUACUCAGCGGAGGCUGGCGCUAAAAACUCUAACCUUCCAUUGUACCUCGUCGGUGCCGGCCUCGCUGUGGCGGGGGCCUAUGGCUACAUGACCUUUGGCAAGACAGAGUCAGAAAAACCUAAGAAGAUCUUGACAAGCCCGCUCGACCCUCAGAAGUUCGUCGACAUCAAGCUCAAGCGAGUCGAACCUUAUAGCCAUAAUACCAGCGUCUUCGUUUUCGACUUACCCGAGGGGCAGGCCUCGCUACUGCCGAUUGCUUCCUGUGUUUUUCUUAAGGCAGAGGAUCUGAAAGAUGCAAACGGGAAACCCAUGGCUCGGCCUUAUACUCCCAUUUCGCCAUCAGACUUGGAAGGAGAACUCUCGUUCCUCAUUAAGAAGUAUGAGACGGGCAAUGUAUCAAAAUAUAUCCACUCCCUUAGUCCCGGUGACACGCUUGCCGUCAAGGGACCAUUACCAAAGUGGCCAUGGAAAAUGAAUGAAUUUGACGAGGUUGGCCUCAUUGCCGGCGGAACAGGAAUUGCGCCGAUGUACCAGGUCCUACAACACGUCUUAGCAGACAAGAACAACAAGACUAAGUUCAAGUUGCUUUUUGCAAAUGUCUCUGAGGCAGAUAUACUGCUUCGCGAGGAGCUGGAUGCCAUGAAGAAGAAGUAUCCCAAGACCUUCGACGUUGUUUAUGUCGUCGACAAGCCUUCCGAAAAAUGGAAAGGUCCGAGCGGAUAUAUCAACGUUGAUCUGAUCAAGCAGCACAUCGCACCCGCUUCUCUGGGAGAGAAAAUGAAAGUAUUUGUUUGCGGACCGCCGCCGCAAGUGGCUGCAAUCGCGGGUAAGAAAGCUGGCAGGGAGCAGGGAGAACUCGGCGGCAUCCUCAAAGAGCUUGGAUAUACCGAGGACCAGGUCUUUAAGUUCUGAGCCACUUCACUAGAUACCUACAUACGCGUAGACAAAGUUGGUUAGAUACCGUGAUGGGAUUACAUAAGCGUCCGCGCGUUGCUUGCAGUGCAGCCGCUCCCAUCCUCUCUGGCAGUGC